GCUCGUGUUUGUUGCCGCCUCCCCAAAGGAAUUCAACAUGUGCUCAGCAUUGAGCCCAAUGGAGCUGCCACAGGAGCCUGACGCUGAUGCCGCGCCGGCUCUGAGCCUGAGUGAUCUGGAUGAGGUGCUCGUUGAGGAUGAGCCUUCGGAGGAGAUCUUUGGCCAGCUCGCGGCCUGGGCGGCGGCGGAGCAUGGCGGGGAGGGGGGCCUCUCCUCUGCUGCUCUGGGGAAGCUGCUGGGCCUGCUGCUGGAGGCGUGCCGCGGCGGCCGGUGGGACUGCGGCACGGUGGCGGCCCAGGUGUUGAUGCAGUCUGCUGCUCUGGAGCCAGGCGUGCUUACCACCUUGCUGGAGGAGCAGCUCCUGAGUGCGGCCCGGCGCGGCUUCUUGCUGUCCCUGGCAGCCUUUGGAGAGAUGCUAGAGGAGCCGGUUCUCGCGCCGUCUCAAGGUGAGUCUUUCAGCGAGCCGGAGCCGUGGAAGCAAUCGCUGGCGGCGCUGGUGGCGGCUCUGGGCGCGGUCUUCCGGUCCGCCGCCUGCCCGAAGCUGGCGGAGGCGAUGCUGCCGACGCUGGCGGGGGGCCUGCUGUGUGCCGCCGGCACAUCGCCGGCGCCGGAGCUGGUCGGAGGAGGCUUCCUGGGCGGCUCGCUGGCCUUCCACCUGCUGCAGGCGCGGCGGAGCCUGGCGGAGCUGCUGAACACCUUGCUGGAGGAGGCGCCGGCGGAGCUGCGCCUGCGCCAGGAGCAGCAGCUGCUGCUGGAGGGGCCCGGGCCCUCGCGGCUGGUGGAGAGCCUGUGCCUGGCGCGUCCGGAUCCCAAGCUGCACGAGAUGCUGCUGGAACUGCUGUGGCGGGGACUGCGGCGACGGGAUGGUGCUACGCAGGGCACGGCGGCCCUUGACCUGCUGGGGGCGCUGAAGGGCCCGAAGAUCCAGCACCAGCUGCGGCACGAGGUCUCGGCGGAGCAGCUCAUGGAUUGGGGCCUGGACCUCUCCCUGGACUUGUCGCGCCGCCGCAAGGAGAUCCAGGGCCUGGCCUGCUCCGUGGCCUGGGGCGGCUUGCGGGCGUACGAAUGUAUGGCCACUUUCUCCGCACACAGCCUGGUGGUGGAAGGCUUUCUGAGCAACGAGGACGAUGAGCAGGUGGAGCUGAGCUUUGAGGUGCCCUGGGUCUUUGUGCAGAACCCCGACGCGGCCACCGCGCGGGGCUUCCCUCUGCAUCUGCCAGUGGCGCUGGAGCCGCUGCGCAAGAGCGGCGCCCUGGAAGCCGCCCUGGCGGAGCUGGUGUCGCUGCCGGAGGCGGUGCUGCACAUCGACAGCACCGUGGAGGAGCCGAAGACGCGGCAGAUCUUCGAGGAGCUGAACAAGCUCUUCCAGGGCCUCGGCUGCUCCCAGGAUGAGACCAUGAGGAGCAACACCUUCGAGGAGAGCAACACCUGCUUUGUCACGCCUACCAAAACUCGACCUGUGCCAGAAGAGGAUGUGGUGUGGACUCCGCCGCCGAGUCAGAACCUUCUGAACGAGGCCUCAGCGGCAUCUCCGAAGCGGUCGCCCCCAAGGGAGUCCCAGCGCGUGCGGGCCUUGGCCGAGUCGCAGGACUUCAAGGAGUCCCAGCCUUCUGGGGGGUCGGCAGCGGCCACAGUAGAGAUGAAGGGACCUGCUGGGCCAAGUCCAAGUCCGUCGCAGGAGGUGGAAGAAGCGCGAGCCGAGAUGAAGGAGCUGGAGAUGGCGUCCGUGAGCGAUGAGGCCCAACGCACGCCUGAAGUGGGGGUCGAGAGGGACUCGCCGGACAAGGGCAAUUCACUUCCAGCGUCGAAGGAGGUAGAUGUUGCCGCGGCCGAGACCAGGGCCGCCGACAUCUCGCCGAUGCGCGACCAGGUGGAAGAGGCCAGAGCCGAGAUGAAGGAGCCGGAGAUGGCCGUGAGUGAUGAGGCCCAACGGACGCCUGAAGUGGGGGUCAAGAGGGCCUCGCCGGACGAGCGCGAGUCACUUCCAGCGUCGAAGGAGGUAGAUGUUGCCGCGGCCGAGACCAGGGCUGCCGACAUCUCGCCGAUGCGCGACCAGGUUGAAGAAGCCAGAGCCGAGAUGAAGGGGCCGGAGAUGGCGUUCGUGAGCGAUGAGGCCGAACGCACGCCUGAAGUGGGGGUCGAGAGGGCCUCGCCGGACAAGGGCGAGUCACUUCCAGCGUCGAAGGAGGUAGACGUUGCCGCGGCCGACACCAGGGCGGCCGACAUCUCGCCGAUGCGCAACCAGGUUGAAGAAGCCAGAGCCGAGAUGAAGGGGCCGGAGAUGGCGUCCGUGAGCGAUGAGGCCGAACGCACGCCUGAAGUGGGGGUCGAGCCGGACAAGGGCGAGUCACUUCCAGCGUCGAAGGAGGUAGACGUUGCCGCGGCCGAGACCAGGGCGGCCGACAUCUCGCCGAUGCGUGGCCAGGUGGAAGAGGCCAGAGCCGAGAUGAAGGAGCUGGAGAUAGCGUCCGUGAGUGAUGAGGCCCAACGCACGCCCGAAGUGGGGGUUGAGAGGGCCUCGCCGGACAAGCGCGAGUCACUUCCAGCGUCUAAGGAGGUCAGACCCGAAGCUGAGCUGAUCUCCGCGGAGCCUCAGGAGGCGGGCAUAAGAGCUGGGGUGAAGGACCCGGAGAUGUCGGCCACAACUGACCAGGCCAGCGAGCCGGAAGUGGAGGAGUUUGUGCGUCAGGAUGUGCUGCCGGAGGCGGAAGGAGGCCAAGCGUCACCGCCCCCGCCCUUGAGCCCAGAGAAGGUGAAGGAAGUCCAGCCACCAGAGCAGGACUUGCAGGAUCCAAUCCCAGAGAUUGAAGAGGAAGAGCCGAAGCCAGAGAAGGAUGCUGAUCAGGAUUUGCGCACUUUGAGCUACAAGGAGCUCUCAGCGCUGGCGAAGCGCCGCGGCGUCCGCGCGGGGGGGAAGAAGGCGGAGCUGUUGCGGCGCAUGCAGAAGUGGGAGCGGGAGAGAUCCAAGACCCAGCCCAAGGAGCCGAAGGCGAAGCCGAAGCCGAAGCCGAAGGCGAAAGAGGAGCGGGCGAGGCACGCGAUGCCAGAGUCCCCGCCGGACUUUGCUGAGUCCCCGCGAGGAGACGCGAGCGAAACAUCGCUGCCCGCUGAAAGCUCCAGCCAGGGUAUCGAGCAGCUUCCGCUGGCGGAGCUCCGGAAGGCCUGUGAGGAUUUGGGCAUGGCCACGGACGGCGGCAAGGAGGCGCUGCUGAAGCGCCUGGCGAUGUAUGCAGACAGCGCUAUGACACCGCCCAUGACGCAGAGCCAGAACUUCGGCACUCAGGUGGAUUCUCAGCCAGGUGGCAAUCUCGCAUUACCGCCUGAGAGCCAGCCAGCAGGCGACCUCUCGUUGCCGCCAGACAGCCAGCCUGCAGGCGUGAGAAGGAGCUUGCCCAGGGAGACUGAAGGCCCAGAGCUGAUGCCCCCGCCGGAGGUGCCACGCAAGAGGGCGCGCACGGCCGCGCCAGCAACCAGAGCUGAGACUCCGACGAGGACCACCCAUCAUCUCAUCCACGACCUCAGCGCCCUCACGGUGAAAGAGCUGCGGCAGGCGUGCAAGGACCGGAGCCUGCCUGCCCACGGCGCGAAGCCCGACCUCGUGGAGCGCCUGGCGGAGGCAGAACGCCUCGCACAGGCGGAGCAGGCGCCAUCGCCCAGCCCGGGUCUUUGGGUGCCACCUACCAGGUCACCGCUCUGCGCUACAACGGAGGACCUGCAUGCCGCCCAAGCGUCACCGAGAUCAGAGGACGGCAUAGAGCCGGCGACGGAGGCGGAGCAGGCCGCUGCUGCCUGCGGCGUCCUGGCCUCCGUGGCAAAGAGCCUGGGGGCGCUGCCCAUCGAGGAGCUGCGGAGCGCCUGCAGCGCCCGGGGGCUGACGGCGCGGGGCAGCCGCCAGCAGCUGGUGGGGCGCCUGGCGGCGCUGCUGGCGCCCAGGCCCGAUGUGGAGGCGAGCCAAAGUGAAGAGGUGCCUGCCAGCCUGAGCCUAUCCUUGUCUGGGCUGCAAGCUGCCUGCCGGGCCUGCGGCCUGCCUGCGGCGGGGGAGCCGGCGGAGCUGGCCGAGCGCCUGGCGAUCCACGUGGCCUCGCAGGAGGAGAACCAGCCCGUGGCGGACUCUGGGGCCGUGGGGUUUGCGCAGGCGGCGGAUCCCGCGGACCCCAUCGUCAGCUUCUCCAACCCGGCGGCUUCCGAGGCGUCGAACGCCGAGGGGACUCCGAUGGCGGUGAAGUUUGAGACGGAGAACUUGAGCUGCGCGCAGGCGCACGAGGCGCCGAUCGCGGCGUUUGAGGCGAACCCCUCCCCCUGGAGCGUGCCGGCGGCGCAGCCGGACGUCACCCAGGCCAAAAACUGCACCAACUCCAUGGCUCCCAGCGGCGGUUUGGUCGCACACGGUUUCCCGGCUCCAGAUGCCUCCGGGAGGGCUCCGGAGCGCCUGGACGAGGGCUUCCGCGCGGGCUUGCGGCUGCUGCACACGGAGGAGCUGCGCAGGGCGUGCCUGGAGCGGGGGCUGGACAUCGAUGGGCACAAGGGCGACCUGCUGAACCGCCUGCUGGCGCACUUCGCGCACGCGCCGCUGCCAACGCCCACCCAGGACCUCAGCCCCCCGAAGCCAGCGGCGCAGCCAGCGGCCACGGCCGGGGCGAAGCCGCCGGCAAGCGCCCCACCGGCGGCGCCGGAGUCGAGGAAGCCGAAGCCGCAAGCGGCGCCUCAGAUUGCGCAGCUUUCUCCCGUGGCGUCUGGCCUGGCAAAGGAGGUCGCAGAGCUGCGGCCCUUGCAGCACGCAGUGAAGGAGCUGAAAGCCCCGCAGAAUUCCCUGCUGCGCCGGCCCCGGGUGGCGGCUGCCAGUGCUGCACCCAACUUCUCGGCGCUGUGGCAGACCAUGUGCAAGAGCACCGCGCGGGAGUCUGCGCGCGAGGCUGCGCGCGAGGGCGCGCCCGAAGGCGGCGGCGUGGGCCUUUCCGUGCGCCCCCCCGGCGCCGGGCCGCGCCGCGGCAAGCCGAAGGCGGCGACGGGGCUCCUCGGAGCGAAGGCGCGCCGAAAGGCGCGGGUGGGCAGUUGCCACGGCCGCACUGCCGCAGGCGCCGCCUGCCGCAACGCGGGGCGCCAGCGGCCUGCCGGGGCGCGCUUUGUGUACUGCGCCCAGCACGCGGCGCGGUGGCCGCGCUUCGAGACGGUGGGGGUGGAUCAACUCAACGAGAGGCCGCCGAUUGCGGCCAUUGCGGCCGCGGCCGCGGCGAGUUCUGGCAAGCCUGCGCCAUCGCGGCCCAUUGCCACCCCUGCCCGCGCACGGGCGGCCGUCACGACGAUCGCGCCGAGUGCGCCGAGUGAGAUGCUCAGCCAGGCCCCGCCCAGUGAGGCGCUCACACGCAGACGGACCCGGCCGGUUCCGGAGCCGGUGACGCCUGUGCCGCUCGGCCCGGCGCCGCCGCCAAAGGGGCAGGUGGCGCGCAAGGCGAAAGGCGCCCGUGCAUCGCGUGCAUCGCAAGGGAGCACGCGCAAGACGCCGGAGACCCAGCCGGCGACGCAGACGCAGCCCGAGAUCGAGGAGCGUGAGCCGCCAGCGAGGAGAGAGUCAGCCGAAGCCAAAGCGGCGCCAGGGCCUCGAGGCGCUGCCCGGACUGGCGCAGGUGGUGGCCCUGCUGCCGCCGGCCAAGAGGCGCCGCUGAUGCAUAUCUUUUCACCGACCUGAGCGCGAAUUCGAUGGAGAGCUCUCUGAGCUCGUGGGAACUGGUGGUCAGCUUCAUGCCA